AUGGCCAUUCGUAAGGCUUCCUCGGGCACUGCUGCCAAGGAUGACCUGCCUGCUGCCAAGGACGCCUUCUUGCAGGGCAACUCCGCCAGCUAUGUGGAAGAGAUGUAUAAUGCCUGGCUCAAGGACCCCACCUCCGUUCACCUCUCCUGGCAGAUCUACUUCAGGAAUCAGUCCCAUGGAAUGUCGUCGUCACAAUCUUUCCAGGCUGCCCCUACCAUCCCACCCAGCGGCGGUGUUCCGUCCCUUGUCCCUGGCUCCCAAGUCGGAUCCUCGGACGUUAUCGAUCACUUGAAGGUCCAGCUCCUGGUCCGCGCCUACCAAGCCCGUGGUCACCAUAUUGCCCGUCUGGAUCCUCUCGGAAUUAGCGCGGCCAAUGUGGGUGGCCUCUCCCCCCGUGAAGUAGACCUGACCCAUUACGGCUUCUCUGAAAAAGACCUUGAUCGCACCUUCAGUCUUGGCCCCGGUAUCCUUCCAGGUUUCCUUGACACCGGUAGCAAGCAGACCCUGCGUGAGAUCGUUCGUCACUUGGAAGCUAUCUACUGUGGGUCCAUCGGUAUCGAGUACAUUCACAUCCCCGACAGGGAACGCUGCGACUGGAUCCGACAGCGCAUCGAGGUUCCCCGACCUUACAAGUACUCGAUCGAGGAGAAAGCCAUGAUCCUCGACCGUAUGAUUUGGUCCGAUUCAUUCGAACGCUUUGUCGCGUCCAAGUACCCCAGCGAGAAGCGCUUCGGCCUUGAGGGAGGCGAGAGUCUGAUUCCUGGAAUGAAGGCUUUGAUCGAUCGAUCGGUCGAGCAUGGCGUCGAGUCCAUUGUCAUGGGAAUGCCCCAUCGCGGUCGUCUCAACGUCUUGUCGAAUGUCGUCCGCAAGCCACACGAGUCCAUCUUCUCAGAGUUCAGUGGUAACUCUGCCCAGGAUGGCUUCUCUGGGGAUGUCAAGUACCACUUGGGAAUGAAUUAUGAACGCCCCACGCCCUCCGGCAAACCUGUCCAGCUGUCUUUGGUGGCAAACCCUUCGCAUUUGGAGGCUGAAGAUGGCGUCGUCCUUGGAAAGACCCACGCUAUCCAGCAUUACACGGACGACAAGGAGAGGACUCGCUCGCUUGCAGUUCUCUUGCACGGUGAUGCAGCCUUUGCUGGACAGGGCAUUGUUUACGAGACCCUUGGAUUCAUGGACUUGCCUGCGUACUCGACUGGAGGGACCAUUCACAUUGUCGUCAACAACCAAAUUGGUUUCACGACUGACCCUCGCUUUGCUCGCUCGACUGCCUACUGUACCGACAUUGCCAAGUCCAUCAAUGCCCCCAUCUUCCAUGUCAAUGCUGAUGACGUCGAGGCCGUCAACUACGUCCACCAGCUGGCUGCCGACUGGCGCAAGGAAUUCCACACUGACGUUGUGAUCGAUCUUGUCUGCUACAGGCGUCAUGGACACAACGAGACUGAUCAGCCCAGCUUCACUCAGCCCAUCAUGUACAAGGCAAUUGAACGACAGACCACCGCCUUGGAAAAGUACAUUGACCAGCUCGUCAAGGAAGGUAGUUUUAAAACCGAGGAGAUCGAGAGCAUGAAGACGCGCGUCUGGAACAUCCUUGAGGAGAACUAUGCCAAGAGCAAGGACUAUAGGGUCGAGAUUAAGGAGUGGAUGACCAGCUCGUGGCCUGGAUUCAAGUCGCCUGCCGAGCUAGCGACCGAGAUCCUGCCCACUUUCCCCACCGGUGCGGCCAUCGAGACCUUGAAGCACAUCGGAAACAAAAUCAGCUCCUACCCACCAGGCUUCAAGAUCCACCCCAAUUUGGCCCGUAUCAUGAAGACGCGUGCCAAAACCAUCGAGACCGGAUCCAACAUUGACUGGGCCACUGCUGAAGGCCUAGCUUUCGGCACCUUGCUCUCCGAGGGCAAGCACGUCCGCUUGGCCGGUCAGGAUGUUGAACGUGGUACCUUCUCGCAGCGUCACGCUGUGCUCCACGAUCAGGAGACUGACACCCUUCAUGUUCCUCUGAAGAACUUGGGCCAUGGCCAGGCGGCAUUCUCGAUCAACAACUCUUCGCUCUCCGAAUAUGGUGCUCUUGGGUUCGAGCUCGGCUACUCGCUUGUCAAUCCCAACUCGCUCAUUUUAUGGGAGGCUCAGUUUGGAGAUUUUGCCAAUAACGCGCAGUGUAUCAUUGAUCAAUUCAUCGCCUCUGGAGAGAAGAAGUGGCUUCAGCGCACAGGAUUGACCAUGCUCUUGCCACACGGAUACGAUGGACAGGGUCCUGAGCACUCGAGCGCCCGUAUUGAACGUUACCUCCAGAUGUGUGAUGACCAUCCCGACUACUAUCCAUCGGAGGAGAAGCUUUCUCGCCAGCAUCAGGACUGCAACAUGCAGGUCGUGUACUGCUCAACUCCUGCCAACUACUUCCACGCCCUUCGUCGUCAAAUCCACCGCGACUACCGCAAGCCUCUGAUUGUGUUCAACUCCAAGCUGCUGUUGCGUCAUCCUAUGGCGCGCUCGACCUUGGAUGAGAUGUCUGGCGAUACGCAAUUCCAGCGCUUCAUCCCUGAGGUUGACGAGGAGAAGCUCGUCAGUGCCGACAAGAUUACCAAGCACAUCUUCUGUUCUGGCCAGGUCUACUAUGCCCUGGUGAAGGCUCGUGAGCAGAACAAGAUUAACGACGUUGUGAUCUCGCGUGUUGAACAGUUGAAUCCAUUCCCCUAUGACAGGAUCAAGGAGUACUCUGACAAGUAUCCGAAUGCCGAGAUUGUCUGGUGCCAGGAGGAGCCCUUGAACAUGGGUGCGUGGGCCCAUGUUGCUCCUCGCAUCCGCACCUCGCUUCGCGAGACCGCUAACCAUGCCGGCAAGGAGGUGCGUUAUGCUGGCCGUGAGCCUUCUGCCUCGGUUGCGGCCGGUAACAAGAAGGUCCAUUUGGUGGAGGAGUACGCAUUUUUGUCCGAUGCUCUGAUUGGCGAGGUCAGAAAGCCUUCUGAUGUCGUCGGAGGAGUCCCCGUCUUCUAA